AUGGCCAAAUACCAGGAAAUCCAAUCGCGUCAUGGCAGGAGCCUUCUAUUUGUCUCCCUCAUCCGGUUUUUGAAACACGAGGUGGGAGUUCCAUUCUUCAAGCCGAUACAAGACAAACAAUUGCUAAAUGAACAAGGACAAUGGUAUGUGGAGAUGACCGAGAAAGAAGCAACAGACAAGGUUGGUCACGCCUUUCGAGACUUGGCAAGGACUACAAAGAUACAACAGCAAACAACCAUAACUGCCGAACAGCGAAUAGGCACGACCUUGUCUCGUAUUACGGGUGGAUAA